AUGCUGUACUCCAAUUAUCAAUUUCCACCAUCGUCUCCGCUUCAUGAUGUCGAUACAGAAGUGGUAAAGACAAAGAACUCCUUUGCAUUAGCCACAUUGGCUCCUGAGAAGUCGCUAAAUGAGGAGUAUCCAACACCUAAUCCUUCCUCGUCGUUGUUUCGCUCCUCGUCGCCCGCUAGAGCCGCUAACACCAAAUAUGAGCAACAACAACAGCAACAACGGCAAGAGCAGCAGCAACAGCCCCAUCAGCCCCAUCAGCCCCAUCAGCCCCAUCAGCCCCAUCAGCCCCAGCAAUUUACCGCUCUAUUUUGCAAACAAGACAAAGUCAAAAAAACCACCAAAAAACUUAUAAGCAUCAAUAAGGACUUUAACGUGUUGAAUCCAGAUAAAGCGGUUUUGAGAAUCCCCUUUGAGUCAGAUAGCAGUAGCUUUUUCAUUGGCAGAUCAGCACGUAAAUGUCAGUUUCAGUUAAAUUCAAAGGAUACCCAUAUAUCAAGGAAACAUCUCAAAUUGACCUAUGAUUCGCAAAACAUGGUAAUAAAAUGUAUCGGGGUCAACGGAACUGGAAUAGUUAUACCAAAACCUUGCUAUGUUCUUGCAACCGAGCUAGAAAACCACUACAUGGUAUUGGAGAAUAAAAGUGGGAAACCAUUGGACACCUCAAAGUGCAAGAGCCUCACUAUCGAAACAGAUGCAAAUCAUACUGAGUUUUAUAUUCACGAAAAUGAAACUAUCACAUUGCCCAAAUUUGAAAACGUGUUAUUAGAACUUUCGAAACAAGUUGUUUUAUUAAAUCCAAGCGAGGUUGAAGAAUGCCUAACCGAGGAAGACGAUGAAUUAACCGAGGAGGAAGAGUUGGUAUUAAUUGAUAAGAAGAAUACAAUGACAAUGACAUCGACAUCGACAUCGACGCCAAUAAACAAAGUGUUGAGUAGUGGUUCACUUCCAGAUACACCUUUUAAGUUAAAACCGGCAAUUGAAGUGAUGGAGACUAAUGAAGAUAUAGAGUGUGUUGAAACACCUAGCAAAGAACAAAAUGUCAAAAUUGUUUAUCCAAAACCCGUUGUUGCUACUGCUGCUGUGCCAUUUAGCAUUUUUGAAGACAAAACUGAUGCACCACGCUCUUUGACUCCAUCAAACCAGCUGGCUUUAGCUGACGUCACAAAUAGGAGAGCAGUUUCCGAAGAACCCCGUUCGCAAAAACGUCCAGCCGAACAUCAAUCAAUAUGUAGCAAAGACAAUGACUCUCAAGAAGUCACACUGCAACAACAACAACAACAACAACAGCGCGAACAACCACGACAAAGAAAAAAGAAGAAAUCAAGGCCAUCAACUCCAGAAUUUGAUGAAUCUGCUCUUUCCCUUCCAAACCUUUCAGAAAUCAAUAAUAUCUUGAUAAACCACCUUGCGUUUUCAAGACUAAGCUCAACUCCAGCUUCGGUUUUGAACACAAUAAGCGCCUCCACUUUGAAGUUGUCACUUUUGCAAAUAAGAACCGUUUUACAUAAUAUUAAAUGUGUUGGGAUAAUUUAUCGUGAAGGUAAAGAUGCUGCAGGUAAACCACUAGAUGAAGAGUAUUAUUAUGUUCCUGAAAACGACGAUGAUGAAAACAGAAAACAAUUGGUUUCAAAUAUUAAGGGGCACGGUGGGUUGAGAUCUUGUAGAAGAACUCAUAAGCAGUAUUAUUGGAAGAAACCAGCACCAAUCAAAAAGUAA